CCUACCUGGUGAUCCUCACCAGGAGAGCCAUCAAAUGGUCCAAACUUCUAAAGGGCGGCGGUGGUGUCCAGAGGAGCAUGACCGUGAAGCGCUACAUUCGCAAGGGCGUCCCACUAGAGCACCGGGCCCGCGUCUGGAUGGGGGUGAGCGGAGCCCAGGCCCAGAUGGACCGGAACCCCGGCUACUACCAGCGCCUCCUGCAGGGGGAGCGGAGCGCCAGCCUGGAGGAGGCCAUUCGGACAGGCUCUCACAAGUGCAGAGUCCUCAGAAAAACGGGGAGCCUCUGUCCCCUUUACACACGAAGCCCCCCAGCCCUGGCUCCACCGUCUGCUCCCUGUCUCUACAUGAGCAGGACCUUCCCCGACAACGUGCGCUUCCGGAAGGACGCGGAGCCUUGCCUGCAGGGGCCCCUGUACAAUGUGCUGCUGGCCUACGGGUGCCACAACCACGGCGUGGGCUACUGCCAGGGGAUGAACUUCAUCGCUGGGUAUCUGAUCCUGGUGACUAAGAGUGAGGAAGAAGCCUUCUGGCUGUUGGACGCCCUGGUGGGCAGAAUACUCCCAGCAGACUACUACAGCCCCUCGAUGCUGGGCCUGAAGACGGACCAGGAGGUGCUCGGGGAGUUGGUGAGGCUGAAGCUGCCGGCGGUGGCGGCGCUGAUGGACGGCCAUGGCGUGCUCUGGACCCUGGUCGCGUCCCGCUGGUUCAUCUGCCUGUUCGUGGAUGUCCUGCCCGUGGAGACGGUGCUGCGUGUCUGGGACUGCCUGUUCAGUGAGGGGUCCAAGAUCCUCUUCCGAGUGGCCCUGACCCUCCUCAAGCAUCACCAGGCUUCCAUCCUGGAGGCCACCAGCGUCCCCGACCUCUGUGAGAAGUUCAAGGAAAUCACCCAGGGGCGUUUCGUGACCGAGUGCCACAGCUUCAUGCAGAGAAUAUUUUCGGAGCCUGGCAGCCUGUCCAAGGCCAGCAUCACACGGCUGCGGGAGCGCUGCAGGGCGCGGCUGCUGGUGCAGGGCUGAUGCCUCGAGCUGCCACCUCCGGCUGGAGCAGUCACUGGCGACUGAGCGGUCCUUCUGUACAUGCUCUUCACUGGGAGCUGUCUGUUGUUUCUAAAUACACAUUUUCACCUGAGAUGCUGA